GAUAAAGUAGGAGCUACGUGGCAAUCAUCCACGAGUCCAAGUCAUCAUUAUCCAAAGAUUCAAAAAAACGGACAAUCAAUUCCCCUCCACUCCAUUCCUUCCACCUCUCUAUCCAAAAAUAACCAUGAUCGACUAAACGUUACAAGAAAUUCAAAACAGAGCAAGCGAGAAAAAAUUUGCAGAGAGCUCUCUCUUCUCAUGGCGAAGCCAGUCUCCAUUGAAGUAUGGAACCCAAAUGGGAAGUACAGGGUCAUCAGCACCAAAUCCAUGCCCGGUACCCGCUGGAUCAAUCUCUUAAUCGAGCAAGACUGCCGCCUCGAGAUAUGUACGGAGAAGAAAACGAUCCUCUCCGUGGAGGACAUCAUCGCUCUGAUCGGCGACAAGUGCGACGGAGUCAUCGGCCAGUUGACGGAAGAUUGGGGGGAAACUUUGUUCGCGGCGCUGAGCAAAGCUGGAGGGAAGGCAUUCAGCAACAUGGCAGUUGGUUACAAUAACGUGGAUGUGAAUGCUGCUAAUAAGUAUGGAGUUGCAGUUGGAAACACUCCUGGAGUGCUUACUGAGACGACCGCGGAGCUGGCGGCUUCGCUUUCGCUCGCGGCGGCGAGAAGGAUUGUGGAGGCUGAUGGGUUCAUGAGGGCUGGAUUAUACGAUGGGUGGCUUCCUCACUUGUUUGUUGGGAACUUGCUCAAGGGACAAACUGUUGGUGUCAUUGGGGCUGGCCGAAUUGGAUCCGCUUAUGCUAGAAUGAUGGUUGAAGGGUUCAAAAUGAAUCUAAUAUACUUCGACCUGUACCAAUCGACGAGGCUGGAGAAGUUCGUCACCGCUUAUGGUCAGUUCCUCAAGGCAAAUGGCGAGCAGCCGGUGACCUGGAAACGAGCAUCGUCCAUGAGCGAGGUGCUUCAAGAGGCUGAUGUGAUAAGUCUUCACCCAGUUCUGGACAAGACCACUUACCACUUGAUCAACAAGGAGAGUCUUGCCACAAUGAAGAAGGAAGCUAUCCUGAUAAACUGCAGCAGGGGUCCUGUGGUUGACGAAGUAGCUCUAGUCGAACAUUUGAAACAGAAUCCCAUGUUUCGAGUUGGUCUCGAUGUCUUCGAGGAUGAGCCUUACAUGAAACCGGGUCUCGGUGAAAUGAAGAAUGCCAUUGUUGUGCCGCACAUUGCUUCUGCUUCCAAGUGGACUCGCGAGGGGAUGGCAACUCUGGCAGCUCUAAACGUCCUGGGAAAGAUUAAAGGGUACCCUGUAUGGCACGACCCGAAUCGAGUAGAUCCGUUCCUGAAUGAAAAUGCACCUCCUCCUGCCGCCAGUCCAAGCAUUGUGAAUGCUAAAGCCCUCGGUUUACCUGUUUCCAAGUUGUGA